AUGGCUACGCGGAGUCUGUCUGGCUCUAGCCAGCUUCAGAGAAAACUAAGUAACUUCCCCAAAAAGCCUUUAACUGCUUAUUUCCGCUUCUACAAGGAGAACUACAGAGAGUACAUGCUAAAGAACCCCAAGCUGAGUAAGGCAGGGUUAACUAAGUUACUAGCCAAGCAAUACAGAGAGCUUCCAGAGGAGAUGAAAGAGAAAUAUGCCCAAGAUUUCGAGAAGGAAAAAGAAGAAUUUAAAAGACAAAUGGCUCAAUUCAAAAGAGACCAUCCUCAUCUAAUAUUCCAAAAGAAUUCUAAAAGACCCGUUGUCCAGAAGAGACACCAGGAGGAAGCCAGGAAGCAUUCUCCUGGAAAUUUAAAAAACAUGAAGUCCUCUAAAGAAACGUAUGGCUUUUCCAAAGAGACAAAUCUCCACAGAGAGCCCAAGAAGCCUCCCAUGAAUGGAUAUCACAAGUUUCAUGAAGAUAUUUGGUCAAGUAAGCAAUUACAACAUCUGAACCCAAAAGGUCGUAUGGUGGAGAUAAGCAGAAUGUGGCACCAAACCCCAAAGAGCCUGAAAGAUCAUUUUCAGGAACAGGCUGAGCAUAUGGUGAAACAAUAUAGGGUGGACCUGGAUCGCUGGCUCAACACCCUGUCCCCCACGGAAUAUACAGCAUACAGAAAGAGAACCUAUGGCAAGUGCCUCAAGAUGAGCAUGAAGGGAGGCCCCAGCCCCCAAAUUAGAUUACCUUCGCAGUCCCCACCAGGGAGGAGCUUGCAAGAAAGACCUGGAGAGAUGAAGUUAGAAGUUGCAGGAACAGAUUCAUCAGUGACUCAUCCAUUACAAUCCUUCUCAGUACCAGCAAAAAAGGAAGAUGUGGAAAAGCUAACAAGCAGUGACUCUUCAGAGUCCAACACUGAGAGCGAGAGCGAGAGUGAGA